AUGGCAGAAUCAACUCUAGUUGAAUCAUCAGAGCUGAAGAUCUACCAUGGCAACUGCCACUGUGGCGCUAUCAAGUUCACGGUAAAGACCCCAGAAAUCCCUACAGUCGCGGAAUGCAACUGCAGUAUUUGCUUCAAGAAGGGCUACAAGCACUUAUUUCCCGGACCCGAAGCCUUUACUUUCAUCAGAGGUGAAGAGCUAUUGAAGGAUUAUGAAUUUGCUGGGAAAACUAUGCUUCAUCGUUUCUGCCCAACUUGCGGCACGCCAGUCAUGGGAAAGAGACGCAGCGCACCUCCUGGAAGUGACAUAUCGAUCAAUGCAAGAACAUUUAACGAUCUCGACAUCUGGUCCCUCCCCACCAAAACUUUCGACGGCAAAUCCCUUGAGCCUAAAUACAAACCAGCACCCUUCAACGGCCCCGAACCCACAGCCGAAAUCGAGGACAGCAAGAUAUAUACCGGUGGCUGCCACUGCGGUAACGUGACCAUGGCGCUCAAGACCAAAGACCCCAUCAGCGGCGGCCAUGAAGAUAUAGGGGAAUGCAACUGCAGUAUUUGCAUGCGCAACGGCACAAUACUCACCUACCCCCAAAUUCUCCAAGUCUCCAUUUCCACGCAAGAUCCUAGCCAAGUCAAAGCAUAUAUUUUCGGCCGCAGUUUCCAGGAACAUACGUUUUGUGGAAUUUGUGGUGUUAGUUUGUAUCUGAAGCGGAUUUUGGGGAGUAAUAUGGGUGCGAAAAAUAGGUUGGAGUGGGAGAAGGGGUUGCCGGUUAAUUUGAGGUGUUUUGAUGGGCUGGAGUGGGAUGAGGUGAAGGUUAAGAAGGGUGAGUGGAAGAGUCUUGGAGGGGAGUAUGUUGUUCCUGCUUAA